AUGCAAGAACACCAGCAGCAACAGCACACAGAGUAUCGAUUCUCCCGGCCGAUCAAGAUAGUCGAUUACGAUAACGAAAACUCCUGGUCUGCGUCAGGCAGUCCCUACCACAUUCGCCGACCGGCCUUCGAUAGGAACAGACUCUGGAUAGAACAUGGCAGCAGUUCCGAGUCUGAAGAGGAGGGCGACGAACGGAACAAGGCGCGGGUUCCCACACCGGAAGAUGGUGUCAGCACUUCCGAACCGCCAACUUCGUUUGCAAUUGUGGACCAGGAUCAGAGGGAUCCAGUAUUUCCGCUCACCCUUCGCAGUGCCCGAAGUCUGCAAAGUAUUCGCUUACGGCGUGAUCCGCAACAUCAAGGUACACGGACCAUCAAAGCGCGACGCGUGAUCAACAAGAAAGGUGAAGGAAAUGUUCACUUGGCGCACCUACCACAACGGUCACUCCGUUUCGCCCGUGAUCUGGCGACCACGCUGGUGGACGAACAAUGGCGCUACACGCUCAUGAUGUUUGUGCUAAGCUUUUGCGCCAGCUGGCUCUUUUUCGCCAUCCUUUGGUACCUCAUUGCGUACGCGCACGGUGAUCUGAAGCAUGAUCCGGUCACCGGCGAACGUCUGGGCGAUGGCAGUAAACCGUGCGUCGAAGGCACGACCAGCUUCACCGGGUUUCUUCUGUUUAGCAUCGAAACGCAGGUGUCCACCGGCUACGGAGCGAUCGUACCGACGGAAGAAUGUCCGGAAGCAUUCUUUCUGCUGCUCGUACAGAUCCUUUUCGGUCUCGUGAUCGGCGGGGCCAUGGUCGGCGUGGUGUACGCCAAGAUGAUACGCGCUUCGAAGCGCUCGUUCGAGAUGAAGUUUAGUAAACGGGCCGUCAUUUGCCAACGGGACGGUCGUUUGUGUUUCGUGUUUCGGGUGUGUGACCAGAAGCAGCAGCACGUCAUUGGCACCAAAGUGACGGCCAGCCUUCUCGAACCGAGACGCCAUCCCGGGACCAAUAUAGUGGAGCGGUGUGAGUCGCGGUUGCGGUUGCAGAAUAAUGGGCACAUUUUGCCUCUUUGGCCCCUUACCGUGUGCCACGUGAUCGAUCGCACCAGUCCUCUGUACGACUUGUCGGCAGCCGAUCUGUUGGGGCGAAAGUUUGAAGUGGUCGUCUCGAUGACGGGCGCCACGUGGACGACCGGGCAGAUGUCGCAGGUCCGAACAUCCUACCUACCGAUGGAGAUCCUGUGGGGACACCGAUUUCAGAACAUCAUAGAGUACGACCCCGAGGGCGAAUGCUUCGUGGCCCAGAACGAUCAGCUUGAUCUGCUGGAAGAAAUCGAAACUCCACUCUGCAGUGCCCGUAUGCUCGAGGAAACGAUGGAUGAAUUGCAGAACGAUCGCCACGCGUUUGCAGAAUAUCUACCGGCAGAUGACGUCAGCAGAGCAGGCGCACCGCUGUCCUACAAGUUCAGCACAAGAUUGCGGAGCAAUCCGAGCUCAUUUGUGCGCUUCAACGACAUCUACUUGGAAGACGAAGAAGACGAUCGCAAAUCGCUCGAGAACCAGGAAAACAAUAAAGCUACUAGCAUAGCAGAUAAUAGCGAGAUUAUCGAAAUUGUUGAUCAGAAUGCAACAAGCAAAGCUCCGUGA